AUGAAUGAAGCCGAGAUGGCGGCUGCUGGAGGAGAGCCCUCUGCCCAAAGUGGUCCGGAUGAUUUGUUCAAUCAUUUCUACACAGAGGUAGGAUACGUUUAGGAAAUAUAUGCUACUCAAUGUGUUAUGUAACCUAAUGCUAUAGAUUUGACAAAUUCCGAUCAUUAAUGCUCUGGAUUUGUAUUUAUGGGGCCUAUAAGCAUCUGCUGGCUAAAAAGCUCGAGAGGCUAACGUUAGCUAGCUCAGUAGCUGACACUAGUUAGCUCGUAUAACAUGGUGUGCAUUUACUAGCUAGCAAUUGCUAACACUAACAGCUGUGUUGUUGAUUCGCCAGAACACUUCUCUGUGAUCCUAAUACGCAUAUAGUUUGGUAAACCACUAUUUUGUUUUGUCAGUGUAGAUGAAUUUUGUUUCGCUUUCUUAAACAGUGGUGAAAUGUUUGUACUUGGUCUGUUCUCUUUCAAGUAUUCGUUUCGGUAUUUCACUUAUGGGAUACGCCCCCAACGUAUUCGUCAGAAGCCUUUAUUACACUACGUGCUCUAGCUAGCAGCAGAUCCGACCUGCUUGUUUACAGCUGUACUAGGGUCUUACAGGCUUCCUGUGUAGAUUAAAGACACUGCAGAGCCAGCGCGAGAUAUGGCUUGGAAAACGUACCAGAGCAGUGUCAUUGUGCAAAAUGGUACACAUUAUCAUCUGGAUAUGUGAGCAACAUUCACAUUCUGCUACCAUUUCUGUCCCAUCUAUGUAUAUAAUUUGAUUCAUAUGUUUGAUAAAUCCAAUGUAUGCACCACGCAGAACGUACUGCAACACAAUGCUGCAAGGCAAAUGCAGCGUUCCAUUGGGAAUGAAUGUUCUUCUGGUGUACCAAAACGCAAUAACGCUGUCAGUGUUAAUCUCACUCGGUGUUUUAUGCUGUGUUUAGACGAGGUAUUCAAAAGCUGUCAUACCAGUCGGCAUAGUGUCUUCCGUAGCGGCUGAUGGUAUUCACCGCCAGCCUCAACGGCAUUUACCGUCGUGCUCUCAUUGAAAACAAUGACAUCCGGUUUGCCGUCUAAUGCGUACCAUGUAAACACAGCAUUAAUCUACGCUGGAAGCCUGUCGGAUCUGCUGGCUAGUGCUCUGGCAUGAAUGUAAACAUGCUCAGUUCCGUCUAUCCAACCUUCCCCAAGUGGACUCAUGAGUCCUGACAGAUAAUGCCAGCUGGCUAGUGAGAGGGAUCAAGAUUAUGUAAAUGUCCACGAGUGAACUUCUGUGACCUUACCUAAUAUGACAUGACCUUGUCCAACAGGUAAAGCAGAUAGAGAAAAGAGACUCUGUGCUAACCUCGAAGCAGCAAAUAGUCAGGCUGCUCAGACCUGGGUCGUCCUACUUCAAUUUAAACCCCUUUGAGGUAAGUGGCUAGUUCCUGUCACAUGCAGCUGUAGUUGAUCUGUUAUUAUUGUAACAAGAUUGAUAUGUAGAACUGCAUUGAAGGGUCCUUAGUACAACACCAGCGACCUCAUCAAGAAGUUCAGGCCUCUUGGCAUAAUGACUUAGGUGUUGUGCUGACAUGCAUCGUUGCAGGUUUCAACCCGUUUGAGAUCAUUGCUGAAGGUGCUGACAUGCAUCGUUGCAGGUUUCAACCCGUUUGAGAUCAUUGCUGAAGGUGCUCUAUUGGUGUCAGAAGUUAAAUGGCUUUAACGUUGUGUGACCAUUGUGUCUGGGCAAGAUGAUAAAGUGCAAGAGUGUUUCUCAAAGGAAAAGGGGUAGUGUAACAUCCUUUGUACAACACCAGCGACUGUCAAGAGGUUUGGAUCGCUUGAUGUAAAUAGGUAUUUUACUGACAUCUGUGUUGCUUAGGCUAUGCAGUGUCAACUUUGCUUUUAGUGAGAUGCCUAAUUUAAAUUUCAGGUGUUACAAAUCGAUCCAGAGGCAACAGAUGAGGAGUUGAAGAAGAGAUUCCGAGCGGUAGGUAUACUACAUCUCUGACAGAAGGUACCGGAGUAUCUGAUCUUGGACCAACAGAUUCCUUGAUAGCUUACAGGCCAUAACACUGUUGAACAGCUAACCCUAGCUGUCCACCUGCACAUACCUGCUGUUCACAUUCACCCUAUUAAGAGACUAUUUGCACUGACUCUUUACACCCAUCCCAUACAUGCACACACACACUUCACUCACUACCAUCACUGCUGCUUUUAUUUAUUAGUACUGAUCACUUUAUCUACUGUACAUAACGGUCAUAUUGACAUAGUACAUGUCAUAGUACAUACUGUAUAUUCUAUAGUUUAUAUUUCCCAUCCCGAGUAGCGCAGUGGUCUAAGGCACUGCAUCUCAGUGCUUGAGGCGUCACUACAGACCCCCUGGUUCUAUUCCAGGCUUGUUUGGCCGGUGUAGGCCGUCAUUGUAAAUAAGAAUUUGUUCUUAACUUGACUAAAUAAAGGUAAAAUUAAAAAAUAUAUCUUAAAACUGAAAGCCUUAAUGGUGAAACAGCCACGUCCGUUUGCGAUAGAUAUUACAACAACAAAGAAGUUACUGCAAAUAAAAAGCCUGACCGAUAUGGACGUUUUGGGUCCGAUAUCGAUUUUAGGGAGGCAAAAGUCAGAUUAUCGAAAUAUCUGCCGAUUAUAGUUUUUUUGAGGUCGAAUGAAAAAUACCUUUUUAACACCAUUGAUGUGCCAAAAGAUGAACAGAUACUCUAAAUUAUGAUUUCUUAACUAAAUAUUAAAAUUAACAUUAUUUAACAUUUUUAUUUGUGGUUUACAUGAUGACCACCAAAAGCAACGAUAUCCUCUAUAACUACGAAUGUAAAUACAAAACACUUGUUCAGUUGACCUUCUUAGGUACAACGUAAAGGUUUGUCUGUGGCAGUGGAUAAGAAUCCAGAAGUAUAUGUGCUGAAACACCACAAGCACAUUUAUUAACAAGAAGGGCUGAAUUAAUUAACCUUUGUCUCAAAGUAAAUCUGAAGCUGCGCUGUUCACAACCUAUGCAGUGAAAUGGUGUAACUUGCAGUUUGUGGUGUCACCACUAGAUGUCAGCAUUUGUAUUGAGUAGAUUCAUUACAGCGCUUUACAACAGUCAAAGGUCAUGUAAAGAAACACUUUAUGGCAACCUAGCAAUGAUGGUCGUCACUAGUUACCACAGCCACAACGUCAUAAACCCCGCCUAUUUCUACAAUUUCUCUUCUUAAAAUGUGAUUUUAAAUCUAACCUUGUUACCACACUGUUAACCUCAUGUCUAACCUUCAAAUAAGACCAAAAAAGCAUGAUUUCUUUACGAUAUAGCCAAUUGUGACGUUGUGGCUAUAGUAACUAGUGGAAACCCAAUGAGAGCUUGUUACGACAAGCACAUGCUAGCUAUUUUUUAGGACAAUGUUUUCUUACUGAAACCAUAAUGUAAAUCAGGGGCGCAACUUUGGUUUUAGAAGUGGAGUGGACAACUUUUUAUUUGUAUUACAUUUUUUAUCCAGUUGGAUAACCACUCCAAACUGCCUACCCGACCGCUCGGUGGCGUCCGCAUGGUCCUAAAGAACACUGUUGCCUGGUUUUGUAUCACAUUUAAAUGAUAAAACUGGGGACAAAAAUGCAAUUUCUGAAUGUGGGGGGACAUGUCCCCCUCAUCCCCAGUGAAAGUUGUGCCCCUGAUGUAAAUUACACUGUUAUUCAAUACAAAAUGUAUUAGCUAUAUUUCAACUGCAAAUGGCAUGACUGAAAACGUUCAUGCAGUAAAAUGGUUGCUGCGUUGGUUUUAGUCGCACACAUUAUAAUUUAGAAAGCUAACAACAAUCUUAUCUCAUUAUGAAUGAAACAUUCUUAAAUGGAAGAAGUUUAGAACCACCAUGACUAUUCCUAGAGCUUGCCGCCUGGCCAAACUGAGCAAACGGGGGAGAAGGGCCUUGGUAAGGGAAGUGACCAAGAACCCGAUGGUCACUCUGACAGAGCUCCAGAGUUCCUCUGUGGAGAUGGGAGAACCUUCCAGAAGGACAACCAUCUCUGCAGCACUCCACCAAUAAGGCCUUUAUGGUAGAGUGGCCAGACGGAAGCCACUCCUCAGUAAAAGGCACGUGACAGCCCACUUGAAGUUUGCCAAAAGGCACCUAAAGGACUCUGACCAUGAGAAACAAGAUUCUCUGGUCUGAUGAAACCAAGAUUGAACUCUUUGUCCUGAAUGCCAAGCAUCACUUCUGGAGGAAACCUGGCACCAUCCCUACGGUGAAGCAUGGUGGUGGCAGCAUCAUGCCGUGGGGAUGUCUUUCAGCGGCAGGGACUGGGAGACUAAUCAGGAUCGAGGGAAAGAUGAACGGAGCAAAGUACAGAGAGAUCCUUGAUGAAAACCUGCUCCAGAGUGCCUAGGACCUCAGACUGGGGUGAAGGUUCACCUUCCAACAGGACAACGCAGGAGUGGCUUCGGGACAAGUCUCUGAAAGUCCUUGAGUGGCCCGGACUUGAACCCGAUCUAACGUCUCUGGCGCCUAUCACUUAUUUUCUUGUGUUAUUUUUAUUUGUACUUAUUUCACUGCACUGUUGAGAAGUAGCUUGCAAAUAAGCGUUUCAUUGCACUGUUUACACACCAACAUAUCCUGUGUAUAUAAUGAAUAAACUUUAUAAUUGAUUCUCACACUGACAAAAGCUAACUAUUUUUCUCCUUCCAUUUCAGUUGUCCAUCUUGGUCCAUCCAGACAAGAACCAGGAUGAUCCAGACAGAGCACAACUAGCCUUUGAAGGUAGAAAUAUGAACGCAGGCACAAUAUGUCUACAUCCGUUAGCCGAAUACAUUCAAAGAGUUCUUAACAACCCCAAUCCCACUGUAUUUCUAGCUGUGGACAAGGCAUACAAAAACCUGCUGGACCCGGAACAGAAGAAGAGGGCAGUUGAUGUAAUCCAAGCAGGAAGGGAAUAUGUUGAGCAUAAUGUGAGUAACUGACCGCCUGUCCCUCUGUUCACACGUCUCAUAGGUAGCUACCCAAAUGGCUCCCUAUAUAGUGCACUACUUUUGACCAUGACCCAUAGGGUGCACUAUAAAGAGAAUAGGGUGCCAUUUGGGACAUAGAUUUACUGUACAAUUGUAUUAAUAGUAUUGAAGCUACUAUUACAGUUUUAAAAUUCAUGUUUUGUAGUAAAAGUGUCAUGUGAUGUGGCAUCUUCCAUUGCAACAGAUGAAAGAGAAGAAGAAACAGCUGAAGAAGGAUGGGAAGCCUCAAUUCGUGGAGGAGGAUGACCCAGAAAUGGUAUUGACAAGUGGUUAAAUAUAAUUUGUAACAGAUGUAAGUCUGUUUGUUUUAAUAUUGGGCUUAUUGUUAUUUUACUAAGGAAACCACUUCUCUUGAUCUAACCCUCAGUUCAGACAGGCGGUGUACAAGCAGACUAUGAAGCUGUUUGCAGAGCUUGAAAUCAAGAGGAAGGAAAGGGAUGCCAAGGACAUGCAUGAACGGUAACAGUGCCAUUUCAGUCAACUGAAUAUUGUACAUGAAGCAUUUGGAGGUAUAUCGUUGAAAUACAGAACAUAUCAGCACAGAACACUCAAUGUUAUUGCAUGGAAGGUGGGUAUUGUUUGUAAUACUUGUCAAAUAUUUUGGGGAGAAUUCUAGGAAUACAUGGCCCUCAGAAUGUCUGUGGUCUUUUGGUGUCCAUAAGGAGGGAAUACCAUUCAAUGUUUCAUGUUAUUUUUCUCCUCAGGAAAAGGGCAAGAGAGGAAGAAAUUGAGACUGCAGAGAAAGCUAAGAGAGAGAGAGAAUGGCAGAAGAACUUUGAGGUAUGUUGA